AUGUCCAACAGCAGCUCCAUCAGGCACUUCCUCCUGCUGGCAUUGGCAGACAUGCGGCAGCUGCAGCUCCUGCACUUCUGCCUCUUGCUGGGCAUCUCCCUGGCUGCCCUCCUGGGCAACGGCCUCAUCAUCAGCGCCGUAGCCUGCGGCCACCACCUGCACACGCCCAUGUUCUUCUUCCUGCUCAACCUGGCCCUCAGCAACCUGGGCUCCAUCUGCACCACUGUCCCCAAAGCCAUGCACAAUUCCCUCUGGAGCACCAGGAACAUCUCCUACACUGGAUGUGCUGCACAGCUCUUUUUCUUUCUGUUCUUCAUUUCAGCAGAAUUUUCCCUUCUGACCAUCAUGUGCUACGAAUGCUACGUGUCCAUCUGCAAACCCCUGCACUACGGGACCCUCCUGGGCAGCAGAGCUUGUGCCUACAUGGCAGCAGCUGCCUGGGCCAGUGCUUUUCUUUAUUCACUGGUGCACACAGCCAAUACAUUUUCCCUGCCCCUGUGCCAUGGCAAUACCCUGUGCCAGUUUUUCUGUGAAAUCCCCCAGAUCCUCAAGCUCUCCUGCUUUAAUUCCUACCUCAGGGAACUUAGGGUUAUUCUAUUUUCCAUCUCUUUAGCACUUGGUUGUUUUGUCUUCAUUGUUUUCUCCUAUGUGCAGAUCUUCAGGGCUGUGCUGAGGAUCCCCUCUGAGCAGGGACGGCACAAAGCCUUUUCCACCUGCCUCCCUCACCUGGGAGUCGUCUCUCUGUUCAUCAGCACUGCUGUAUUUUACUACCUGAAGCCCCGUUCCGUGUCCUCCCCAUUCCUGGAUCUGGCACUAUCUGUUCUGUACUCAGUGGUGCCUCCAGUCCUGAGCCCCCUCAUCUACAGCCUGAGGAACCAGCAGCUCAAGAGCGCCAUUGAAACGGGGCCAACGACUCCCGUCAUGCCCUGCGGCACUACACACCCUCAGUCUACGCCUACAAUUCCCAUGCUGCCCAGAGCCUACAACUCCCAUCAUCCCCCGCACCCCACAGAGGCCAGGACCCCCAAGUGCCCCCAGACCCCCAAGUUUCCCCAUCGACAAACUUCCUGGCUUACAGCUCCCAUCAUGCCCCGCGACGCCUAUUGA